AUGAGAUACUUCAACAUUCCCCGAUCAUGCAUUAAUGUCGUAGCCUUAGCUACUGUCCUCGUUGCCAUCACCACGGCGUCAGCGUCGGCCGAGAACAUCCAACACCACCCCAUCGCUAGACAGAACGGCAGCACGAGAUGUCAGGUAUCUACCUUCGCCAGCGCGCUUCCUCCCGAGGCGAGGGUUGAGAGGGUCGAGGCGGUCGGCCCCGGCGGCACGUUCGGCGAGCCCCUGACAAACCUCAUGUACCCGAUCCCGCCAACGAACCUGCCGGAGCUGUGCGCCGUGAUCGUCGCCGUCGCAUCGUCGGCCACGUCAACCUACCGCUUCGGCUUGUUUCUGCCCACCGAGUGGAGCGGGCGCCUCCUCACCGUCGGGAACGGCGGAUUCGGCGGCGGCAUCAACUGGCUCGACAUGGGCGCCGGCGUGCAGCUGGGCUUCGCCGCGGCGUCGACGGACACGGGCCACAGCUCGACGACGGGCGACGCGCGCUGGGCGUUCAACAACUCCGAGGCCCGCGCCGACUGGGGCUACCGCGCGAUCCACGGGACGGUGUCGAUCGGCAAGACGCUCGUCGCCGCGUACUACGACCGCGCCGCGGACCGCUCGUACUACAGCGGCUGCUCGACGGGCGGGCGCCAGGGGCUCAAGGAGGUGCAGAUCUCGCCCGAGAGCUUCGACGGCGCGCUCGUCGGCGCGCCCGCCUGGUACACCAGCCACCUCAACACGUGGGUCUGCAGGAUCGCCACGUACAACUGGCCGGCCGACGACCCGAAGCACAUCGACUGGCGGACGCUGGCGCCGCUGGCCGCCGAGAUCGUGCGCCAGUGCGACGCCGGCGACGGCGUCGCCGACGGCAUCAUCAGCGCGCCCGAGCAGUGCGACGUCGACUUCGACGCGCUGCGCUGCGCCGACGAGAGCACCAGCAGCAGCAGCAGCAACAGCAGCGCCAGCGCCCCGUUCGCCACCUCCUCGUACUGCCUGUCCGACGCCCAGAUCGGCACGCUGCGCAACGUCUACGCCGGGUACGUCGUCGCGGACACGGGGGAGACCGUGGCGCCGGGCUUCCUGCCGGGGUCGGAGCAGCAGCUGUACGCCGUGCUCAACUACUCGGACGCGAGCCCGUACGGGCUCGGGUACGUGCGGUACUUCGUGCUGGACGACCCGACCUUCACGCUGGCCGACUACACGGACGACGUGCUGCGGCUGGCGGCGGCGCGCGACCCGGGCAACGCCACAGCCGACGCGUACGACCUGUCGGCGUUCCGCGACCGCGGGGGCAAGCUGCUGCUGUACCAGGGGGCGGCGGACGGGCUGGUGCCGGCGACGACGGCGCGGCAGUACUACGAGCGGGCGGUGGCGGCGACGAGCGGCGGCGACGUCGCCGCCGCGCGCGGCUUCUUCCGCCGCCUCGACGUCCCCGGCAUGCAGCACUGCGGGCUGUCGGCCGUGGGCGCGCCGUGGGCCCUCGGCGGCGCCAGCCAGGCCGGCAUGCUCGGCCCCGCCGCCGCGUCGGUGCCCGGCUUCGCGGACGCCGCCCACGACGCCCUGCUCGCCCUCGUCGCCUGGGUCGAGCGCGGCGUCCCCGUCGACAGCGUCGUCGCCACCGCCUGGCGCAACGCCACCGACCCCGCCUCCGGCGUCCUGCGCCAGCGCCCCGUCUGCGCCCACCCCCAGGUCGCGCGGUGGGACGGCGUCGGCGCCGUCGACGACGCCGCCAGCUGGCGCUGCGCCGAGCCGGCCGCGGAUACCACCGCCCAGACCCCCGAGCAGACGAGCGCCGCCGCGCCCGGCGCCGCCGCGCGGAACCCGCUUGCAGCGCUGGUGAGGGCCGCGAGGGGCGUGAUCGGGGCGGCUAGCCCCGGGAGACUGUAG